AUGACCUCCGAGGACUCAGGACUGGAUCUGUAUAGCGUUCGCUAUAUCCCAGAUUUAGCCAGCAAGAAGUUCGCGAAGUUAAUCCCGCACAAGCGUGGUCUUGGGUACAAGCGCAUUUACGGGACAAUUGAGUUCGACAUAGGCAAGGCGCAGCAAUUUCGUCUCGUGUCUGAGAGAACUCUUUUCUGGGUCACGGGGACGUCGUCUGUCCUGCACUUUCGCAUCUAUGUUGAGCAUAAGCGAUCUGCGCAUGAACUCCUUGCCGAGACGGCCUGCGAUCUCGCCACAAUCUCCUCGAACGGAGACCCUUUUCCCGGCAUGAACGCCCCUCCACCAGUCGAAGUAGAAGUCUGCGACCCUGCUCAUGGGCAUAUUCUGCUCAGGACGCUUCGAAUAUCGGAAAAGUGGACGACUGUCGUGGACAAGGCCCAGAGAGCAAUCGAACUUGGUUUGGCUGUCUCAGAGAUAAAUCCACUGGCGAAGGCAACCGUAUCCAUCGUCAAACUCGUGACCGACCAAGCCAGGAGAAGAGUCGAGUGCUAUGAUGCGAUAGGAGAAGUGAUAGACAUUAUCAAAGACGCAAGUGAGAUGGCCCUCGAACAUUGCGACGGGGAUCAGAAGGAAACCGAGCUGCGAAACACACUUGUUCCUCUGAUCAAGGACUGCGUGGGAUAUCUGUGUGAAUUAUCGGGUUCCAGCUGGGUCAAGCAAUCCUCCUCUUUCGCGGCUAGGAAACUACAGGGAAUGUGCAAAGCCUUACAGACUAACAUGGAUGCCGUAAGGCAAUACACCACUUCAGUCGCGCAGAGAGACGUCCACAGGUUGAUUGGCGAUGUCGAGACAUUGACGCACACUUUCCAAAAGUGGGCUGGUGAUAUCAAGAAUGAGAUCGCAGAGAAACUACACAGUCAGAUGCCCUGCAACUUGACGGUUCUAGCAAACUCCAUGCGGGGCUGUCUGUCGGGUACCCGUGAAGCUUUGCUGUCCAGAAUCGAGACGUGGGCGGCAAAUAGUAAAGGUGAACGCGGAUUCUGUCUGUACGGGGCCUCGGGGAAGGGCAAAUCGGCCGUCGCCCACUCUGUCGCGAUCCGCCUCGGAACGGCCGGAUUUGAUACGGCUUUCUUCUCGUUCGACAAAUCGGAUCGAAGUCGCACUUCUCACCAGGCAUUUCCGACACUUGCUGCGCAACUCUCCCACCAUAACCCUCGCUACAAGACGCAACUCUCUAAUUUAUCCGACGGCGCUCUGGGCGCGAUUAAUCCCGCUGACCAGUGGACCAACCUAUUCUCUGAACCCUUCGAAGAACAAGUGCCCCCACGUCCUAUCGUUCUCAUCAUUGAUGCGCUGGACGAGUGCCCUGACGACCCUCCUGAACGACGCGCCGCAUUCAUGAAGCAGCUGGACCGCUGCCUCGCAGGCUCUGUCCCUUCCAAUGCCAGUGUUCGUUUCUUCAUCACGGCACAAUCCCAGUACGGGGGCUCCAUCGUGCGCUCGGAGUCUCUUGACGAGCUUUCGGACGACUCGACGAAGCGAGAUAUCCUCUUGCUUGUCAAAGAUCAGCUGGGUCCCCUGAGAUCUGCAGAAUCGGUCAACGGUGCAUGCCUGGCCGACGGAGUGGCCACCGCCGCCAACAAUUCCUUCGGGCACGCCGCCGUCCUCUGCCGAGAGUUGAUGGGCACGCCGUCGACUUCUGCGCCCGAUAUCCUCUCCCGCGUUGAGCAGGCGCCAGGUCAGCUUUACCCGCUCUAUCUCUUCCUGCUUCGAUCGCAUUUCGAUAUUAAGAACGCGGAAGACAUGCUUAGCUAUCGAUAUGUCGUUACGUGGAUUCUCCUCGUCGCGGAGCCACAGCGCAAGCGCGUCUUCGAGGAUUUCGCGGCCGUACAUCGCUUCAAGGUCGAUGUCGACAGCGUACUCAAACGUCUUGGCUCCCUCCUGAUAGGUCUCGACAUGGACGAGCCAAUCCGGCCUGUUCAUGCGUCUUUUCGCGAUUUUCUCUUGGAUGCUCACGCGAGUGGGUCGUAUGCUAUCGCUAUUGGUCACGACGGACACUUGGACCUCGCCGACAUAUGCCUUCUAAUCCUGAACAAGCCCAACACCGGCCUACGUUUCAAUAUCUGCCAGCUUCCGACCUCAUACGCGCUGGACGACAUCGAUUUCUCGUCCCUUGCUGACGAACAUAUAUCGGAGGGACUACAAUAUGCAUGCGGCGCAGUGGCGAGUCACCUUCAGCUGAGCGUAGUCUCACAAUCGGUCAACCUCACCGGGCUAUUGCCUCCUCAAGAGCCGCAGCCUCCUCAUGAAGGUUGGAUGACACUUUGGAGCGCUUCCGUCCGCUUCCUGGCUCGCUUAUAUCACGGAGUCCUGGGUCUGCACAAUCACGACGCCCGCGCUGUCCGUCUUCCACCCCAUGUCCAUGAAGGCUUGGAGGUCUUCCUCAAGACAAAUCUUUUGUUUUGGUUGGAGGCGUGUAGUUGUAUACGACUGGCGAAUUUGCCGUCCACGGCGCUCCUGCAAUUGUCGGAAUCACUUCAGGAUUUGCGCGCCGAUGAAUUGAAGCCGCUCGUCGAGGACUACAUCCAGUUCAACAAUCGAUUUCAGGACGGCAUCGCCGCAUCCCCUCCACAAGUAUAUAUCAGUGGGCUGGUGUUCUCUCCGUCGACAUCCGUUGUACGCAACCUGUACGGCGCGUCCUUUGCUCACCUCGUCAACGUAUCCGGAGAGGACAUAGGAGAGCAUUGGCGUGACGCGGCUGACAAUGCAGCGACGGUGGCAAGCGCUAUUGCAGCUGAUGGCUCUGAAGUCACCGGCAUCCAGUAUCAGCAGCAAGACGGAUGGCUGCUGCAUCCACACAGGAAUAGCCCUACACGAUUUCUAUGGAUCCCAUCCCAUCUGCGUCACUACUCUUUCGUAGCCGUUCCUGAUGACACGGUGGUGCCCGAAUAUACGGUGAACAUCGACAUACGCGACGCUGCGCUUGGCGAAGAGUGGACAAAGAUAUACAACGCUCCGGUUGCUCUUGAUUUUGACGAGUCUGUCGCGCCUGGCCGCGACGGUUGGGCCGGUUCCCCUGUUGCUGACGAUACCGAACUAAUUAUGCCCGGCGGGUUCCCGGCUUGA